AUGUCAGAGCAGCCUGCAUCCAACGGGCGGCCGCAUCCGCCUCCCAGUCCGCGCUCUGCAAGUCUUCCGCGUCUCACGAAUUCGAAGCUGUUUCUGCCCCUCACCAACGACGCCGCGACCACCAUUUCCACGCGUGGACAGCAUUUGCCGUCGCUGUUUAGUACGCGCCGUCCAUCGACGAUUCGCAGCAAUGAGCGUCGCGGCAGCUUGACCGAUGAGGAGGAAGACUUUGACGCCAUCAAAGCCGGGCUCGCAAUGCCUUAUGAUCGCGACCUGGAGCGCAGAGCCAGCAAUGCAGCGUCCAUCUUGAACACGCCGCAGAUGCGCAGUCAGCAUACAAGUGGUGAGUGGAUUUGGGACGACGGCGGCCACUGGAAACUGGACACUGACAAGAAACAGGGAGAACACGCCAGACGAGAGUACUAUGAGCGAAACAACCAGCUCAUCCAGCACUAUCUCUACAUCGACCGCCUCCUCGACUCCUCUCUGCCGCACAAUCUGAUCCAAGAGUACACGAACCUCGAAUCUGGCGCGGUCAAGAUCCCCACCACCAUCACAGAGGAGUCGUCGGUAACCAGCACCCCAAUAGCCACGCCAGGCGCGCGCACACCAGGCAGUACCACCGAAAACGGAAGCGCGCCUCUGUCGAGUCGCUCAUCUGGCACUUACGGCACGAACAGCUCCAAUGGCGCGCCACAGGCCAAGGUCAAGCGAACUCCGAAGAACCUGUACAAGGUCCCCGAGAACGACGAGAACACGCCUCUGCUGGCACAUGAUAAUGCUCUGGAAGACGAAGAGGAAGAGCUCUCCAACCCAAAGUUGAAGGAGUGGGUGCCCGAGGAGGAUGAAGACACGGAGAGCCCCAUCGUCAAGCUGGCGCUCUACGUCAAUCUUGCUGCCAACACCGCACUCCUAAUACUCAAGAUUAUCGUGGCCGUCAUGACAUCGUCUCUUUCCGUCGUCGCGAGUUUGGUCGAUGCAGCUCUGGACUUCCUCAGUACCGCCAUCAUCUGGGUCACGUCCUGGAUGAUUGCCCGGCAAGACCGCCACGCUUAUCCUGUCGGUCGUCGGCGUCUCGAGCCCAUUGGUGUGCUGGUCUUCUCCGUCAUCAUGAUUACUUCCUUCACCCAAGUCGGCAUUGAGGGUAUUUCUCGGCUAUCUGGCCCAGAUCGCUCUAUUGUCCAGCUCACCAUCCCCGCUGUAGCAAUCAUGGCCUCCACAGUUGUGAUCAAAGGACUCUGCUGGCUUUGGUGCCGUCUCAUCCGCAACUCCUCGGUCCAAGCUCUUGCACAAGAUGCGAUGACCGACGUUGUUUUCAACACCUUCUCCAUUCUGUUCCCGCUUGUUGGCUACUUUGCGAAGGUUUGGUGGCUUGACGCGCUUGGCGGUAUCCUACUAUCAGCCUAUGUCAUCAUCAACUGGAGCCACACAUCGGCAGAGCACAUCCGCAACCUCGCAGGCGCAAGUGCAACCGCCGACGAGCGCAACAUUCUGCUGUACAUGACGAUGCGCUUCGCAAAGAGUAUCAAGCGUAUUCAGGGACUUCAAGCUUAUCAUGCGGGCGACAAGCUGAAUGUGGAGGUUGAUAUCGUGGUAGAUGAGCAUUUGCCGCUCAGGGACAGCCAUGACCUUGGAGAGUCCCUGCAAUAUGUCCUCGGUAAAGAGCGUACCUUAUGUCGACCGUGCGUUUGUACACAUCGAUUACACCGACUACAACUUUCCUACUCAUAUGUCACAGCAGGAAUAGCUGGUAGAACAUUACCUUGUCGACUCUGUAUUAUACUUAUCCGCCGCUUCUACGCUUUCGCCUCUGCUGCAUUGACGGGUCUCGAGAUUGCGUCCUGA